UAGACAUAUGUUUGUAAGUAUACUCUGAGCGGAUCGCAGCUGCCGCUGAUGCUGGGGUCGAAAUGAUUUUUGUUAGUAACGCGUCGACAGCUUCGUAGCCAAAUGCUCGGCAACUUUUUUGUUCAGUUGGCUGGCACUGCGCACAGAACUCGAAAAGCAGUUAACAAAGUGAGAGCGUACGUUGAACACGUCGAUCGCCGUGUGUGUGUGUAUUUAUAAUUUGCAGUAUUUUUUUGAGUACUGAUCCAAAUAAACAGUACAAUUCAAUAAAAAUGAAAUUGGCCCGACAUAGAUCAUUUACAAAGGCAUUCAUCACACAAGCCGACAAUGAUGAUGGUCAAGAUGAUGGUCAGUCAUCUAGUGUGCGUCUUUUGAAAAUUCCACGUGCUGCACCCAGCAUCGAGAGUUAUGGAUUUCAGUUAACACGCAGCAAAUGGGAUCCAUAUCCAUGGGUUUGUGAAGUGGCCGCUGGCACACCUGCCGCACUUUGUGGCCUCAAGGCCGGCGAUUGCAUUUUGGAGGUUAACGAUAUUGAUAUACUUGGCUUACGUAUAUCGGAAGUUAGCAAACUAGUUAAAAGCCAAAAAGAUGGCGUCAGAGUUUUAUGCUGGAACAGCGGCUGUGAAAUGGACUGUGAUAAGAAUAGCAUUUGUUGUGCCCCAAUGCCGACAAGUCUGAAGCGUCUAUCGCUUGUGGUUGAUAGCAUGCUACGGAUUGUUGAGUGUCCCGUAUGCAAUCUGACCAUAACUCCGCCGGCCAUGCAAUGCCAGAACGGACAUUUGCUAUGUGUCGAUUGUCGGAUCCGUUCAGAGCGUUGUCCUGUCUGCCGUGACUUUUAUACCCCGAGGCGUGCUCUGGUUGCUGAACAGAUUUACUUUACCAUUGCGAAUGCCUUUGAAAUCCUACAUGCGGAAGAUAAAUUGCGACAGAAGCUUUUCGGUGGCAUCACAAAAGCCUCUGCAAAUCCAAUAUCAACACUGAGCCCUGCAACUGCAACACUGAGUAGGAGACGCAAGCCACGACUGCCCACUAAUAAAUUCCUCACCAAACUGUUGCAAAGUCGUGCCUACUACUCGCUGGAGAAUCUAUCACAGUCGAAUGCUGCCACAUUGUUGCGCACAAAUUCCACGGACGACUUCAAUGAGAGGCGACAGCCAACAGCAGCAUCAUCCAUACCCACAGAGGCGGGCCCUUCGAAUGAUGUUACCAUUUCCACGCAUCUUUCACUCUCAAUAAAUGAUUUACAACAGCCAGAGCAUCAGCAGGAGCAGCAGAAAAAGAAGGAGACUCGCCACAGGGCGGGUAGUUUAUUGUUCCUAGGCAAAAAUCGGCCAAAUGUACAAAAGUUUCAGCCACCUGCUCUUCCUAUCCAGGAGGAAUUGACGACGCAGCAACAGCCAAACCCAAAGCCAAAGCCAAAGCAAGAGAGAGACCCGUCAAUAAAGGAUCAAAGAGGGGAAUUGGAACUGAAAGAGGAUGUGACAUCGUUGCUCUAUUGCUGCCCAUGCGAAUGUCGUCUGCCAUUCAAUGUUAAGGAGCAACUUCAACUUCAGCAGGAUCAACAUCAAAGCAGUUGCUAUAAAUCCGCUUUUCGUUUACUUUGACUAACGCCUUGGUCUUUAUCAGUUUUUCGCCUUCAUCCGACACUUGGCAACCGCUUCUUGUGUAAGCUUCCAUUUUCUUGUACUUACUAAUUAAAUUAAAUGCAAAAAAUAA